GGCAAGCUGUUUAUUAUGCCGAUUCUGUUGCAAAUCGUUUUGCAACUGUUUGGACUAAUGAUUACACCCCUGGCACGUCUGAUUUAAAUAACAGUCAAUAGAGUGGUUAAUGCGUGGGCUUGGCAGACUGUGGAAAUUAAGAGGAAGGUGGGCUGGCUGCAACGGUUUACAGUGUAAAAUCUGUUAUUUUUCUCUGCUGCGUCUAUUCAUUAUCUCGUUGAUUGUGCGAGGAUUUAUCAAUGACAGUGCAUUUACGUGCUGGUCGCAGCGGCGGUUUCACCCUUGGUGCUCUGAUCCCCCUGCCCUCUUCAGGAUCAAUUUGAACCGACUAAUAUCAUUCUUCGAAGAGAGCAAUAUUGUAACGGAUUGGAAAGAUGGGAAGCACGAGCUCUUGCUGUGUGUCUUCGAGCCCGAAGCUCCGGAGAAAUGCCCAUUCGAGGCUGGAGUCGCACAACCCGGAGCCGGAGUUGAGUAGGGAGGAUACGGGCUGCAACCUGCAGCAUAUCAGCGACCGAGAGAAUGUCGACGAGUUGAACAUGGAGUACAACCCCUCUGACCAUCCUCGGGCCAGCACAAUAUUCCUCAGUAAAUCUCAGCCGGAUGUGGAAUUGUCUAGCAAGAAUGGGCAAUGCUGAUAACCAAGGAUCAAAGCCUUUCUCGCUCUUUCUCUUUUUAUCUCUCUGUUAAGUGCGUGAAAAAAGAAAGAGCCUCUUCAUCAAUCAUGUGAGUAUUAAAUGCUUAUUAAAUAUAGGCUUCUAUAUUAUUUCAUGAUGUUGGAAAGUUAGUCUUUGUAGCUGAUUCAUAAUGUAUGAAUUGCCCAUGAUAAUGCCUUGUGUUGUUUUACAAGUUAACACACAUUGACGAGUCAAAGGUAAUGUACAACAUUGUCCUCCAUGGAUCCAUUCAGUUGCAACUCAUGUGACAUCCUGUUAAAUUAAUAUAGUUAGUGCCGGCUUGCAUCCUUCAUGGUAACGUGUUAGGAGGGAAGAAAUCUCUGCAUUAUGUAAAUGCUUAACAGUCUUUAGAUAGCCGAUACAUUAUUGCGUUUCAUGUCUUCAUUUGUCAUGCAUGUCCAUCGCGUGCUCCGUUUGACGAAGUAGCCUACUGUAAAAACCUUAUUUCAUGUAUCAAUAUGCCCUCUAAUAACAGCAUGCCCUCUAACCGUCAGCUUUUAUAUUUGUAGCCAUAUAUGUGUAUUUGUAAUUCUAUUUCGUUAUCGUAGCGUGGAUCAAGGAGACGAAAACACAGCUCCUGUUCCACCAUCUUCCUGGAUGACAACACUGUCAGUCAGCCCAACCUUAAAUUCACCAUCAAAUGUGUAUCCCUGGCAAUAUAUUACCAUAUAAAGAACAGGGACACAGAUGGAGGAAUGCAGCAAGACAUUUUUGAUGAGAAGCUUCACCCUCUCUCGAAAUCAGAAGUGCCGUCUGACUAUGACAAACACGACCCAGAGCAGAAGCAGAUCUACCGCUUCGUCCGGACGCUGUUCAGCGCUGCUCAGCUCACUGCAGAAUGUGCCAUUGUUACACUGGUGUACGUUGAGAGGCUGCUGACGUAUGCAGACAUAGACAUUGGCCCAGGGAACUGGAAGCGUAUGUUGCUGGGAGCCAUCCUGCUGGCAUCUAAAGUCUGGGACGAUCAGGCUGUGUGGAACGUAGACUACUGCCAGAUCCUCAAAGACAUCACCGUGGAGGACAUGAACGAGCUAGAGCGUCAGUUUCUGGAGCUUCUUCAGUUCAACAUCAACGUUCCGUCGAGUGUUUAUGCCAAGUAUUACUUUGACCUGCGCUCACUGUCAGAGACCAACAACUUGAGCUUCCCUCUGGAGCCCCUGAGCCAGGACAAAGCCCAGAGACUAGAGGCGAUCUCGAGGUUGUGUGACGACAAAUACAAGGAUGCUAGGAGAGCUGGCAAGAAGCGCUCUGCGAGCGUGGACAACCUGGUCGGAGUGCGAUGGGUCCCUGCCAUCCUCUCCUAACAACCAAGAACAUAGACCAGACCUGAGACUGGGCCUCAGGCCAGCAUGGGGACAUCCAGUCUUUUACCUAGCAACAUUUUGGUAACUUUCCGAAAAUUCCCAGAUUUUCUAGAAAUCCUGCUUGGAAGAUUCCCGGACUCAGCAGGAAAUCUAGAAUCCUCCAAUCUGGAUUUUUGGAAAACCUGAGAAUUUGGGGAAAGUUAUCGGAAUUCUGCAACCUUAACCUAGACAGACUGACUUUGUCCUCAUCACAGAUAGAUGCCUUUGCAGUGCCGCUGCUCCUGUAACACAGAAGGAAGAACUCCCUACAGGACUGGUACUUCACUGACUGUUAAGAAAAAGAAAGCUUCUUUGUGAUAUAACAUAAAGAUUUGACUGUUCAGAGAGCUCAUGACAUCACAGCUUCCUGUGGACAGAAGUAGCUAGAUGAUCACCGUGGCAACAUGAGCUUUAUGCGUUGUAGCAGCAAAUCAAGAGAGAAGUGGUCAGAAAACAAAAUGUCAAUGUCAUUUGACCUCUUAUCCUGGAUCAUGCCAAACGAAAACGGACUGAAACGAGGAGGGACGACCUGAAAUUGUCCAAUAAGAAACAUGCGUUUUCGUUGCCAUUGCAAAACGUUUUGCUACAGUGUCCACUAAUGAAUAUGACCAUGGGUCUGGACUAUCCAACCUGGCAUGACAGGACAGAUGGUUGCCUUUUAAAGACAGUUCUGUGGCUUUUGGUGAACAGGUUUUUAUUUAUUUUGUAUUCAUAGUUGUUUUUACUACUAAGUGCUACAGCCAACCAAACCCAGGUACAAUAUUUGAUCAGAUAAAAUAGCCUUCUAGCUGUGCAGGCGUUUCUACUUGAGAUCUACAUACACAUUCCAGAAUCAUUUAGUUCUUAAUGAACACAAUUAUUUUGUUAAUGUUCAAACAAGUUGGCCAUAUUUAAUACCUUUCCACUAGUGUAGUUACUGUACCUCCCAAUACCUAGAAUGUUGUAUUCAAAUCUGCAGCUAAAAUCCUAAUUGAAAGCUUUUGGAGAUAUGUGAGUGAUGUUUAGCUACUGUGAAUGUGUCAUCCACAGGAUUCAAAGUAGGUUAUGUUGACAAGAAAGCAACCAAUGAAAGGAUAGAAAUGGGUUGUCAUACACUGUAGAGCAUGACUUGUGUUUUUUGUCUCAGAACUCUGGAUGUUUUAAGCUACGAUGUUUUUUUGUUUUUUUUUAGAACAAAAACCUGAACCCUGAGCCAACUUAUAUAUAACGUAGCUCCUUCAAACUUUAUACAGUUUGAUUUUGUCUUUUCAACAAUUAUUUUUGAUUCAAAUAUUAAUAUUGUUAAAUUCAUGAUGAACUUUUAUUUGUGUUUUAUCAUUUGUCAAGAAGACCCUACUGACAACUGAAGCACUAGAAUUGAAUUAUUUUGCUAAUCAACUUUGUACAGUGUGUAAACAAGUAUUAAAGUGGUGAUGAGAUCAUUAACUUAAUUGUUAAAUAUUUAUAUGGAGGUGUUGAUCCAUGUUUAUACUAAAAGAAAAUUCCCUUGUAUUCUUAUUUUGUUAUUUUUUUUGUACAGUUAAGCUACAAAUAAAUCUCAGAGGAUAACA